AAAUGUUCACCUCAGAUAAGGUAUGAAUAUUGAUUCUACAUUAUAAAUUAAUAUAUCAAUGAAAUUCCCAGAAUAUUAUACAAAGAUAACGUUAUCACUGUGGGAAGUAACGUUGAGCGGUCCCGGAAAUCCCUCUAUUUACAAACACACUUAGCUAGCGCUGCUGUACUUCAAACCAACAGAGAGCUAAUAAACGCACGAAAGAGGGAUUACCUGAAGACGUAAAGACAUUUAAACCAGAUUUACCUGUUAAAUUAGAGAAAGCCAGUGAAGUGGGUCAGACAUGGUCGCGACCACAACAAGUGACAACCGUCGUUGCCCUGAAACUGAUGCUAAACAGCCUCAGAGCACCGCAACCACGGAAUACUGCGCGAAGUUGCAGCAGUGGAUGUGGCAGUAUUACUGGGGAAAUGCCGGCUGGCAGAGCUGGAUGGCUCUGUCAGCUUUCCCUUUUCCUCCUCCUUGUGGUUUCCCUCCGCCGGGGACAAGCGCUCAGACACCGGGUUCACCUGACUCCACCUCCGGGGCUGGGCAGCACGUUUUCGACUCACGGAACUGGUACAGCCAACCGUAUCCUUUCAGUUUCCCUGCACCCUUCCCUCAUCCGGGGGGCGCCCAGACGCACCAGAGCACUCCAGCUACUGAUGCCCGGACAGCCCAGCAUCAGAAUGGGAAUCCACCUCAGCCAGGACGGGAGUACACCAUCCCCUCUCCUCUCCAGAGGUUCCUUGCCGAGACAGUGGACUUCGUCAUCUUGUUUUGUGUGAAGGCCACCAUCGUGCUGUGGAUCAUGCAUCUGAGUGGGAUGAAGGACAUUGCCAAAUUCAUAACCCACUUCAUCGUGGAGGAGAUCGAUGAGAACACGUCCAUGGAGGACCUGCAGAAGAUGAUGGCUGUGGCUCUGGUCUACAGGGUGCUAGUAUGUGUGUAUGAGACCAUCUGUAUCUGGGGUGCUGGUGGCGCCACACCAGGGAAAUUCCUGCUUGGCUUGCGGGUGGUGACAUGUGACACGUCCACUUUGGUCCGACCCAACCGUGUCCUUGUGGUCCCGGCAUCGAACGUCUCCCUCUCCGCCUCUGCUGUGCGGGCACUGAAUAAGAACUUCUCCAUCGCCUUCCUUUUUCCCGUCUUCAUCACUCUGCUCUUCUUCCAGCACAACAGGACUGUGUAUGACAUUGUGGCAGGGACCAUUGUUGUCCAACGCAGAGGGGGCAGAUAGCCUCUUCUCCAGAAGCAGACUCUCUUAUACUUUGCAGGGGGAAUGACGAAGCGUGGCAGGCUUAUGGGUGCUGAUUGUCCAAAAAAAAAUUCAACUCGAAUCAGUCACAAAUGAAAAAGCUUUGAAAACAGCAAUGAGUUGGCCCAUUUCUUCACAGAAUCAAACUUGGGCUUGAAUUGCACUUUAAAAUGGGAUGCAUACAGUACAGAUUUAGGCUGGGUAUGGUGGAAUUAAAAGACCUUACAUCUUUGAGUGUAAGGUAUUUGUUUUAAACCACUGAACCAACAGGAAACCCUCUUAAGUAUUGUGAUUUUUGAUAAUCGCAAAGUAUGUUAAGCUGAAAAUGGUGCUGUCCGAUAUUACCAGGAGACUUAAUAUGUAUGCUAUGUUAUAUUGUUUUUGUAAAGCUUAAAUCCCCUAUGUGUAGGAUUUAAAAAUAUAUAAUUUUGCCCACUCGUAGUCAUGGUAAGAAAAAUGACACUGUCCCACACAGCAAUACACCAGCAAGGCACUUUGACAGAGUCUGGUUAAUUUUUCUACAAACAGAAUCUAAUGCCAUCAAAAGCACAUAACAAAUCUACACAUAUGGGCUUUAAAGUAGGGUUUUAAAUGAUUAGGACCUAUACUGGUGAAUCAAAUGUUUGGUUUACUAAUGCUUUUUGUGUUACAUUGUGAUUUUUCAGAAGCACUCAGACUAAAGAAAAUUCAUGCCAGGCUUAUUCAUAUCUAUUCUUUGUGCCUAUGGAUAUUUUGAUUAAGAAGUAUUGUUUCGAUAUAUCUCUCUGCCAUGGUGAACUGUAAUAAUAUGAGGUACGAACACAGGAAAUUGUGUUUAUGAAUUUUCUGCUCAUAUUUUUUUGUCUUUUGACUUGUAAUUCUUGUGACUCAGGGCAACUGUUUAGCAUAAAAAAACUGACUCAAAUGUAUCAUUUAAUGCCACUGCUCAUGUCAGAUUUUCACUUUUAAGCACAAUGAAAAGCUCUUGUCUUCUUGUUCUUCUUCAUGUUGAUUUAAAAGUCAAGUUAAGAGUUUACUAAAAAACUACUAUUGAUUAGAUUCUUUUUUUUUAAUAUAAUGCUACUCAAUACCUUGGUCUUUAACUCUGAGUUCUUACAUAUAACCUCAUCAACACAGACGGUGUCAAACAGCAGAGUUGAAAACACAAAAGCAUAGCCAAGGUUAUCAGGAAAGUUGACAAAAGAGUACUGAUAGUAAUAGUUAACUAUUUCAGUAGCAGCUCUGAAAUCAUUUCAUCUCAUCAUUUCAAGACAACUCAUGGGUUGUCCACUAGAUUAGUAUUUAUCAUAAGCAGAUGAAUGUUGGAUGCUGUUGUAUACUAGUACAUGAAUUCAUGCAAAAUGUUGAAGCUGUCAUGAUUCCUAAUGUCCAUGUCCAAAUUUGAAAUAAAAACAAUUUUGACAAAACAAGAUUAUGCUCAUAGAUCCCCUAAUUAGAUUUAAGUCCUUUCUUUUUCCCCCCACAUA